AUGAGAAUCGCCUGUCUCCAGUUCGCCCCCCAGGUCGGUGAUGUCGACAACAACCUCAACCGUGCCGACGCCGUGCUGAGCAAGGCAACCCCCGACGACUUCGACCUGCUUGUGCUCCCCGAGCUGGCCUUUUCCGGCUCCAACUUCGAGUCCUUGCAGCACAUCUCCCCUUUCCUCGAGCCCUCUGGGUCGGGAAUCACCUCGCUAUGGGCCCGCACCGUCGCUCUCAAGUUCGAAAGCACUGUCAUCGUCGGAUACCCCGAGAAGGUGGACGUUGCGAGCCGGUGGCCCACGGGCCCCGAGUACUACAACUCCGCCAUCGUCAUCAACGAGGACGGCGACACCAUCGCCAACUGCCGCAAGACCUUUCUCUACCCCACCGAUGAGACGUGGGCUCUCGAAGGCGAGGGCUUCCACGAUGGCUUCCUCCCCAACGCGGGGCAGACUGCCAUAGGAAUAUGUACGUCCCCUUCACUUGCGCCCUUCCACGCCUUCGAGUUCGCGUUCCACGUCCUCCACGCAGAGUGCAACCUCGUCGUCCUGACCAUGGCCUGGAAGACGGGCGAGGACGCCCGCCUGUUCAGCCGGACCCCCAACGAGCCGGACAUGGAUGUGCUUGGGUACUGGGUCGCGAGGCUGGAGCCGCUCAUCCGCGCCGAGUCCGAGGAGGAGAUCAUCAUAGUCAUCUGCAACCGGUCGGGGACCGAGGACGACGCGGUCUACGCCGGCUCCAGCGCCAUCCUCGGCGUCCAGAGCGGCGAGGUCAAGGUGUACGGCUUGCUCGGCCGCGGUGACAGGAAACUGUUGGUCGUUGACACGGACCAGGCGCCGUACGCCAAGCUUCAGCAUCGAGCCUUGCCGAGCGACUCGGAGUCCACGACGCCCAGGUCGUCGUCGCGCCAAUCUUCCGGGUCCAAGCAGCCGUCUGAGAGCUCGCACCAUCGCGCAGCCACGCCGUCAUCUCCAGCAAUGGGCCGUGAGAGCAAAUCCAAGGACUACUCGCCGUAUACGUCGCGGCCAACUUCCCCUCGGCAAGACUCGGUGUCAUCGACAAAGAGCCAGGACUCCAGGGCGUACAGCUCGGCCUCAUCUACCAAAGGCAAGGAGCAGAGGGUAUACAGUCCUGUCUCAUCUAGAGAAAAGGACCAGAGAUCGUAUACCCCAGUCUCUUCAAAGAGAGACAAAGACCCAACUUCGUAUAGCCCAAGACCAUCACGCAAGGAAAAGGAGACCAAGUCCAGCCCAAGAAAGCCCACCCCGAACCCUGGAGCAAAGCCCGACCUGGGGGUUUACACCUCACUCGACGAAGUCGUCCGGUCUAGCCUGGGGGACAAGGAGCCAGGCUCGCCCUCGUCUAUCAACUCCAACAACUAUCUUGACCCCAACGAACGAGACAGCCUGAGGCAGGACACCCCUGUGGUCCGAUUCCCCGACAAAACCUCGUCCAACCCAUUCUCUCAGAAGCAGAUCUACAGUGGCCAGGUCUCCAUAUCCUACGUAGAGGAGGGCCGCAGCCCCGUGACGCCCUACGACGAGAACCGCCGCGCCUACUGGAGCAACUACAAAGUCCCCGCCGCCGCCUCCAUGAAGCCCCAGGGCCACCGCAUCAGGGGCAGCUCGGGCUCAAAGGGCAACACCCCCGACCCGGACCAGCGCACCGUCCGCGGAUCACCGCGACCCAACAAGGAGCACCACCACGCCCGCAGCGAGAGCAGGGACACGGAUGACAGGCGCACCGGCCGGCCCCUCGAGAAGGUCGUCUCCGCCGACCCGCCGUACACAUACACCCCUCCCCCACCGGUCGACAGGCCGUCCUCGCCCAAGUCGCGCAACGCAAGCCGCUCUCGCACCGACGACGCCGCCGCGAGCGAGCCAGUCCGGCGCAACAUCUCGACGCCCAACCGCGCGGACACGGCGAGCGCCAAGCCCGAGAUGGCGCUGCGGCUCAAGGGCCAGCAGCAGCGGCCCGGCAGCCGCUCCCGCGAGGCGAUACCCAUCGUCGCGAGCCCGAGCCUCUUUGGGCGCUUCGACCCCGAGGGGGAGCCCGAGGCCGCUGCUGAGCCGCCGCCGGCCGCGGAUGCUUCGUCGUCCCGGAGGAGGGAGAUGUCGCCGAGCUACCGGCACAGCGUCUCGCUCUGCGACGGCCUGGCGCUGGAGAUGCUCCCCGGCACCACCACGGCCGGCGGAGGGGGCGGUCGUUCGACGGUCAUGGGCCACCUGGAGCGUGUGGGAGGCUCCAUCACGGCGCGGGGGUCCAACGCCACGCCCAAGCUGGGCGGCGGGUCGGCGACUCCUGAUCCGUAUGGGCGAGGCAAGGCGAGGAAGCCGACUCCGCGACCGCAGGCUGGUGAUGCGGAGGGGGGAGGCGAGGAUGAUGGGGAUACGGGGAAAGGGUCUGCGUCCACGUGA